GCUACUACUUAACAAGUCCCAUUGCUCCCUGUCAUAGUUGGUAAGCAAGCAGAAGCCCAAGAGCAAAAUUGGGUAUCCUCGAUGCAUGAAGUGUAAUUGUUACAUGAGCAGCAGCAUCCGGCAGCACUGCCAGACGACAGAGCACACGCUGGUGAGUCGGUACUCGAGGGUGAGGUGCUGCAGCAACAGUUACAAUAGAAUGAUUCUAGAGGAACACCGCCUUUCUCUACGCCACCUGAAGAACCAGUGGGACAUCGAACAGGAGACUCAGAAGAUUGCUCAGAAGGAAGAAGAGGAGGAGAAAAAGAGACUAGAAACUGAACCAUCAUUCCAUGAAGAAGUGUACCGUUUUAAGAAGUCGAAUGAAUGCGAGGAGGAGCUGACGCCAGCCACUUUACCCCUUUAUGAUCCAGAUAAACCUAUAGGUGUGAACUUCCUUUACAAAGAGAAAGAGUAUCGCUGUGAUUUGUGCCGUAGUCAUUUGAGAAAUCCAGAGCACGCAGAGUACCACUUCCGCUGCAUUGAUCACUACUACACCUUGUGUCGCAAUCUCACUGAAGAAGAGGAAAAGAAAGAACUGGAAAGAAAGAAAUUAGAAGAAGCUAACAAAGAGCAGGAUGAAUCAAAGAGUAAAGAAAACAACGGUGAUGAAAAUGACAACUGUGAGGAUAUGAAUAACAUGGAGACUGUGGAUGAAGCUCUGGAAGAUGCUGACAUGGAUACCCAUGUGCAGGUCUCUGCUGAUGGUGGUGCUGCUACUGAGGAGGGUGCAUCGUCAGCAGACAUUGAAGAAAGCCUGGAGAGAAGUGCAGAUAAUGAAGAGCAUUAUGAGGAGAAUAAAAAGAAGAAUGUAGGAAGUGAAAACAAUCAGGAGGAAAUGGAUGAUGAAGAUGACAUGGCUCUAAACACCAAAGAUGAUUUAGGUGAUGAUGAAGAUGAAGUAAUGGAUGAAGAAGGUUUGGACUAUGAACCAGGUGUUGGAGUCUAGUAGGAAGGUAAUAGUCAGGCUAGCACUAGGAGCUAGGAACUAGGGACUUACAUGAGACUUAAAGGACAAAUAAUUGUCCAUACUGUAGUAGUGAGUGUGGACCAUGCAGUGUUUUUAAAUCUUCCUAUGUCAUGAACUAGAAUAUGCUGCAAUACACACUAUAUUGAUUCAUGACUCGUGUACUUUUGUGUAUUUAUAACUUAUUCCAUUGAUAAUUGAAUUGGGUGGAAUAAAUGCAUUUAACUUGUCAUCCACUUGUAGAUCAUUAAAUUAUGUUGUAUCUAAAAAAAAAAAAAAAUUAUUGACAAAAGGCAUUUAUUAUGUGUGGGUCAGUCAGUGCUGGUGUCUAGAGAGAUAGCUUUGACAAGGCUGUGAAAGUUUGUAUAACAUGGCGGCUCUUGUACGGUAGAAGAUUUUGGAGCAUGCAGUGUCUUCAACACAUUAACUUUGGCUUAGUUCAUAAGCACCUUGACAGUGAUAAAUUUUCAAGAAUGAGUAAAUGUAAAACACGGUAAAAACAAAAAAAAUAACUUUCAAUGUACAGGCAUGGCAUCUUAAUUUUAUUGAUAUUUGUCAAACAUGUAAUAGAGAGUUUAAUUUAGGCUGGUAGACUAUCUGCUUUUUUAAAUUGAAGAUAAGACAUUCUAGAGAUUACAAAAAUGUUUAGUUCUAUAAUUACAUUUAUAACUUUUAGGAUCAAGCUUUGUAGAUGGAAGAUUUAAUACUGUAUUUUUGUCUUAUACUACGAGACAGCAAUAACUACCUUGAACUUGUAGAUCUGUAUUAAAACUUUACAUAUAUUAUGUUUAGCUAAUUUCUUAUUUUAAUAUUGAAAUGUUUGUGAUGACUUUUGCAGGUAGUCUUGUUAGUCUUGAUAGUUACAGUAUACCGAAGGUUAAUCCAAAGUAGUUUUCGUCUUUGUGCAGAAUAAACUUUUGCAUUAUUAAGCCGAGGAAGAAAACUAUGCAUAACUGUUCUUAGAUAUUCUUUUGAAUGCUAAAUACACUUUUAGCCUUUUA